AAUGCACCUUUCCGAAGGGGUCAAAUCUGAAUUUAAACGGCUACUGGAACUUACUCAUGUUUAGCAGCCGUGGGAAUAUCUUUAAAGACUUUGAUAUUUUAUUCUGGUCGCGUUUAUGAGAUUGAUAAGGCUUUCGUGCCGUUACCAAGCCGAUUAAUGUGGAGGUUUUCGGGGAAAGUGUUUAGUUUUGCUAUGAUUUGGCCGCUUUUCGUCAGUUAGCGCCGCUAUGCUAGCUCACAGCUAACUCGUUGCUAACAGCUCUAGGAUUUAUUUAGUUUGUUUACUUUUGGCUUUUUAAAAUUCCGUCCCCAACAUGAAUUAAGUCAGCCUGGUAUUCACUGAGGUGCUGCACUAGCUGACGUACACCGUUUUACAAACGGCACAAAGCUUCAACGGAGGCGAACAAACGCAGGUGACAAGGACCAUGACUCUCGCUCCGAAAGAACUGUCCAACCUGCUGAGCAUCAUCUCGGAGGAGGCUUGCACCAAUACCUUCGAGAGCCUCUCCACCCACUUCCACCAUUACUUCGGUAAAGCGGAGCACUUCAGGGUGGGCUCGGUGCUGGUCAUGCUCCUGCAGCAGCCGGACUUGCUCCCCAGCUCCCCGCAGCGGCUCACCGCCCUCUACCUGCUCUGGGAGAUGUACCGCACCGAGCCGCUGGCCGCCAACCCGUUCGCCGCCGUCUUUGCCCACCUGCUGAACCCCGCACCAGCCGGGGAGGAGACGGAGAAGGUGCUCUCCGGCUUCCUGCCUCCCAUCACCCAGCCGGAGAAAUUCUUCCUGUCCCAGCUGAUGCUGGCGCCACCCAGGGAUCUCUUCAAGAAGACGCCCAGGCAGGUGUCCUGCAUGGAUGUGGGCAACAUGCCCCAGACUAUAGACAUCAGCGGGCUGCAGCUCGCAUUAGCAGAGCGUCAGUCAGAGCUGCCCACUCAGAGUAAGGCCAGCUUCCCCAGCAUCCUGAACGACCCCGAUCCAGACUCUUCCAACUCAGGAUUCGACAGCUCUGUGGCCAAUCAGAUCAUCGAGUCUCUGGUCACGGGGCCUCGGCCGCCACUGGAGAGUCACUUCCGGCCCGAAUUCAUCCGACCGCCGCCGCCUCUACACGUGUGUGAGGACGAGCUGGCGUGGCUGAAUCCCACCGAGCCGGAUCACAGCAUCCAGUGGAAUCAGUCCAUGUGUGUGAAGAACAGCACCGGCGUGGAGAUCAAGCGCAUCAUGGCCAAGGCCUUCAAGAGCCCCCUGUCCGCUCCGCAGCAGUCACAGCUGCUGGCAGAGCUGGAGAAGGACCAGAAGCUGGUUUAUAUCAUCGGCUUGUCCCCGGCGAAGCUGCCUGACCUGGUGGAGAACAACCCACUGGUGGCCAUCGAGAUGCUACUGAAGCUGAUGCAGAGCAGCCAGAUCACAGAGUAUUUCUCAGUGCUGGUCAACAUGGACAUGUCUCUACACUCCAUGGAGGUCGUCAACAGACUAACCACUGCUGUGGACCUGCCUCCAGAGUUUAUUCACCUCUACAUCUCCAACUGCAUCUCCACCUGUGAGCAAAUCAAAGACAAGUACAUGCAGAACCGCCUGGUCCGUCUGGUCUGUGUCUUCCUCCAGUCUCUGAUCAGAAACAAGAUCAUCAACGUCCAGGACCUCUUCAUCGAGGUCCAGGCCUUCUGCAUCGAGUUCAGCCGCAUCCGAGAAGCCGCCGGCCUCUUCCGCCUCCUCAAGACCCUGGACACCGGAGAAAACCCAGCCGAGGCCAAACCUGCCAAAUCGUGACCCUGCAUGGAGCCCCGGCCCAGCCAAGGAGGAGAGGCUAGAAUGAAACAUCCCUUUAAAAACCAGCUGAAGGGUUCGUUUCACCAAGAACUUGAGCCGCUCGCUCCACUGAAGAGUAAAUACUGUAAAUAUGAGUUGGUUUUCUUCAGACUUUAAAUUUUUGCACCGUUGUCUGCAGGUCUCUGGACUUUAUCUUCAUUUUGAAAAGACAAAAGAAAAGAAUUCAUUUCUUUUUCUACCAGCACUCAUAUUGUUUGAAACUGGACCCUGUAAGUUUUCUUUAAUUAAACUGAGCUUUCAGGGCGUA